UCCCUAUCUCUCACACACACUAGCACACACACACACACACGCUCAGUAGGAAGACAGACCACACUCAGCCUCUGCUGUCAUCCCUCGCUCGCUCCAGCUUCAGCUGGCCUUAGUUUUAGCAAGUGCGUCAGAGGCUGAGGCAGAAUCAUGCCCGGGGAAACGGCGGAGGGUCUGCUGGACAGAGAGACGGACGCACAGCUGCCUGGACCAGAUUUAUCCAGACAGACCUCCAGUUCUACAGCCUCCACACCAAGCGACAGUGCCUCCAGUCCUUCUCCUAGCAGUCCACCCAAACUCUCUCCGCAAUGCACAUCCCCAUUUGGUCCACGCUUAGUUAUGGCCAAACCUAACACCUGUACACGACCUCAGCCAGAGGGUGCAAGCUUUGAAUCUGAAGGGCGGUCAGUUGGAUGGCUAACAGGGCGAUUUGGAAAAGGAUCAUGCAGAAGGGGACCGGUGAAAAUGGAGAGAAUUAAAGUGUUGACUGGUGCUGAGGUGGAGAGUGACUAUCAAGAACCUGAGUCCAUGGAUGCAAGGGUAGUUAUGGGUCAGGAAGCUUUACUGAAGAAUAUGGAGACACAAAUUGGUGUGCUUCUAGACAAAAAGACUGGUGAAGAGAUUUCCAGUUCAGAAUCUCAUGCCUCUCAAACUUCUACUCCUUCACUGGAGGAACAAACCUGGGCAGAGGGAAAACUCAAACUUGACACUGGACAGGAGAGCCCCAAACCUGACCAGGAUUCUUUGUCUUUGACCCCAACCCCUGAAGAGAAAAGCUUAAACCAGCUACUUGAAUGCACAGUUCCAGAGCCUGAAACUGCAGACCCUGGACUGGCAGAAAGCAGCACCUUUUUUCCUGACGAUGAGGGAGACCCGCUGUCUCUAUCUCAGGGUGAAGUGCCUUCCUUGUCUUUUUCCGAGCCCACAUACCCUGUUGACCCCCAACGAAUCGGCGUCCUUCCUGGACUGGACCCAGAUCGUUACUACACAGCUCCCUCCACCCCUAUUAAGAUGGCCUACUGCUCGCAUCUAAAGCAACCAUGGCACCCAAGCAGCCCAAGCACAGGUCCAGGAUCUCCAACUGAUGAAUCCGACCUAUGCUCCCCUCCUACUUCCCCAUCAGGGUCUUAUAUUACUGCAGAGGGUGGCAGCUGGACAUCGUCCUACACGUCCAGCACCUCUCACUCCUGUUCUCCAAAUCUCAUUGCAGAAGCUGAAUUGCAAGAGGCACCUGCUUGCUAUGUGGGAUCUCUCUCAGAGAUUGGAGAUGAGCUGGGAGAUGAGCGACUUGGAACAGAGAGAGAGCAUUGCCUGUGCAAGCCUGGCAUGCCAGGACUUGUCGAGGACACUGAAUAUGAGGAGGAGAGCGUAAAAAGAGAGUCUUGUAGACCAGACUGGGUGACAGAGAACAUUUCCCCACACAGAAGCAGCAGUGGCAGAAGCACAGACUCUCAAGAUGGCUUUGGGGGAUCUGAAACCUCCUUAGUCCAGGCUGAAAUUCAGCGAGCCACUGACAUAACCCAGCCUUUUGAUGACCCAGAUCAAGAUCUAGAAUUGGACCUUGAUGCAUGCAUCUCAGACCAGUUCGUCAGACUUAGUGCCCCUCUAAGCCCAGAAGAAGACUUCCCCCCAGAUUUGGCAUCUUCUUUCCCAUUCACCCACCGACUGGCAACAGCUGCCACUGCCCUAGAGACUGGCAGCCUUACCCCUGCAACUUGCUCCUCAGAGAUUUCGGACACUGACAAUAACAGCUUGUACAGUGAGAUGGGAUCUUCUGCUCUGUUUUUUCAUGGGUGCUCGAGGGAUGACGGACCUGGGGAGGAUGGCAUGAUUCCUGCUUCCAUGCUGCCCAUCCAUGCCAGCUUGAUAUUCCAGGCAGAUUCCAUGGAAAUAACAUUAUUCCCUACGGAUGAGGAACCUGAAAAUGAUGUGGAUGCAUAUGCAGCAGGAGAGGAGGAAGGUGAUGUAGAUGAGUAUGAUGAUGAAGAUGAGGAUGAUGAUGUAAAUGAUGACAAUUAUUUGGAAGAGCAAGUCGAAGCCAUGAAGUCUGCCGCAAGGGAUGUGGAAGACACAAAUGAGGAGGAUACCUCUGCGUCUUUCCUAAAUUCACUUUCAGAAAACUCAAUAAACGAAGGUGUUGACGAGUCAUUUGCUUACCAGGAUGACACAGAGGAGUCCAUUGAUUCAACAUCUUGCAAUGGGGAUGAGGAUGAACACUUGUACAGCACAGAGAGACAUGCAGAACUUGCUCAGCAAUUUCCUGGGCAAGAUGGCGACCAUGCGCAGUCAAUUUCCCCUGUGCAACCAGACGUUCCAGAGUCUUCUGAAAGUGAGAGUGAAAUGGAGAUCUCUUCUGAAUCCUCUGAGCAUCCAAAUAUGGCAACUCCAGCUCAUAAGCAUAUUCCAGUUUUUACUACAAGUGCCGACAACGUGAUAAUGCCAAAACAUCAGGAGGGGGACUUUGCAGACACAGUACUUUCAACAACAGAGACAACAAUCAAAGAUCAAACUAAGGAAGGUAGACCAGAACCAGAUUUCAACAACACUGAAGGAACUGACAAUGAUUGUUGUUUGGAGUCCAAGCAAACAGGUCUCAUAAGAGUUCAGGAGCCAGAAAAUCAAACAAAAUUAGUAGAACUAGAUCAAAUAACUGAAACCUUUCGUAAACCAGUCCUUUGCAUGCUAGGUGCCACAGCAGCUGGCAUGGACCUUGAAUUAAACAUUCAGGAUGACCAGGAGCUGGAUCAGAAAAAUGGAAACAACUCAGAGUUCUUGGAUACUUCACUUCGGCUUGAUGACACAGCAACCAAUGAUCUUAACAAAGGAGUCCCACUUUUGUCGUACCCUAAAGAUGACUGUAGCCCCACAAACAUACCCAUUUGUGCCUACCCUGAGCUGUCUGAAAUCCCAGACAACUUAACUCCAUCUGAUGUUUCCCCAUUUGAGCAUUCCCUUGAUCAGGACAAUCUGACCGAAAAUCAACCUGGCACUGAAGAUGCAAGUCUUGGCUCUCUUAAUAUGUCCUCUACUACCUACAGUAUGCUUGCCAUCUCACCAAAGAAAGAAAACUUUGAAAACAGCAUGGCAGAAAAGAGUGUUUCAUCAGAAGGUUGGGCUCCAACUGAGCCCUUGAUAUUAGGCGAGUGCUGUGACUUUGAGGCAGAGAAUUUGCUUAUGUGUGAGAUCGCUGGAUCAUUGCACCACAAGGGGCUUUCUGUGACGCCCAACAUUGCUGCCGGAGAUGACAUGAUGGGUGACCUUGAGGACAACAACAGCUACUGUGACACACCAGAGAAGAUGGCUGAUAUUGAGGCUGGCAUGUUGGAGUCAAACCUGUCCACGUGGAGAUCCAUCGAAGAUUUGUCAGAGGCGGGAGGAGGAGAGGAUGAUGCUAACGUCCUUCAGAAUCCAGACAGCAAUGCACUCAUACAAUGCCAUUCUGAAAAACUACUGGUGACCACAUGGAAUGAUCCAGAAAAUACCUGUACCCCAGUUGAGCGAUCAACAUGCCUUUCAUUAAAUAUCCUUUCACAUGAUGGGAAUGAUGACAAGGAACAGACAGCUAACACAGAGUUCAACAUUCCAGGAGAAACUGUAUCAAACAUAUGCAAAGAUGAAAGUCCUGAUCUUUCUCCUAAACAGGCACUGAAGGUUCUGGCUUCUCCUCAAGAACCUCAAGACAAAACUCAGGCUUUAGCUUCUUCAACAAUCGAUAUACCAGACAAAACAAACAACUCUGUUUCUAUUUCAGAUCCAGUCCAGUCCCAACCCCCUGAAAUCCCUAAACAGAUCUGCCUGGUAAACACUAAACCCACUGUCUCUGAAAAUGAGACUGCUUUUAAAUUAACAGGAGGUUCAUUUGGUACCUUCACCCCCAGAAAGAAAACAUCAAGUGGCUCAAAGCUAGGUGGUUCCUCCUCUGACAAGACUCUGAUGCACAAGGAGGCAGUAACUUGCACUGAUAACAGAGGUUCAACUGGGAGAAAAAAGCUAGAGAGCAGACAUUUAGAGUCCAACCUUCCAAAGAAGGAAAAUCAGCAGAACCUCUGUAGUCAACAAGUUAAUGAGAGUGAUUUCAAUGAACCAAAGACUGAAGAUACCUCCAAGGGUCAGGACAAAGACAACGAUGUCUGCAAACCACUAGAGAAAAAAGGCGAUGAGGAGGCUAUAACAACAUGUCAAAAAGAGGAGGCAAAUGAUGCUUUGGAAAAGAACAAAGAAAACGAACCAGAAGUUUUGGUGAAGUCAAGUAUCUCUGAGACAGAUAAGCAAGAAACUCCAUACAAAGAACAAAAGGAAGGUGCUACAGAGGCUCUACCUCUUCUGGAAGCAAACCAGAAAGAUGUGGAUGCCAAAGAGCAAUCAAGUAUUUCUGAAUUAGAAACAAGAGAAUCGAAUGACACACAAACAGUUUAUUUUGAGACUGAGAGGAAAGUUGAUACGAAUUGUGACAUGAAACCAAAGCUACCUGUCCCUAAUAACCCCAGAGCACCUCCUGCCAUGAAAGUAAUGGAAAAAAGUAUAUCUGAGAUUCAGAUGAGCCAAACCGCAGAAAUUGAUGCCGUCCCUCGGACUGAAACUCUCGGAUCUAGAGAGACUCAAAAUCAACCUUACACAAACCUUGCUAUAGAAGAGAAACAUGAACAAGACCAAACACCUGCAAGCCCCACCUCCAGUUCUCUUGAGGGACAAGAAGACUCGAUAGAGUCAGAGGGUUUAACCGAAUCAAAUUGUAUUGCCCAUACAGAUCAACAAAAAGCACUUGAACCAAGCACCUUAGCAAGGCUGGAACUUCGAGAAAGCACAGCAAGCACACGAGACAUUAACGAUAAUCAUUUAGGGAGUGCUUCAAUAUUUGAAGCAGAACCGAGCAGGCACACCCUUCCUGCUUCUUCUACAGGUGCACUGGAAGAGGACCUUCCAACCCCCAUACAGGAGUCCCAGCCUUCACCUGAGAGUUCCCACUUACACAGUCUACUUACCUAUACUGAAUCAGCCACGAACGAUGGGCCAUGUCAGUAUAAGUCUCAGAGUCCUUCUCGUGUUACUAGUGUAGAACUGUCAGUGUUAAAGUCAGAGGAAGAAGUACCUGCCUCAUUCCCCAUACAGGACACACACCAAAAGGUGAAUGAGCGAUUAACAUCACAAUCAACAAAGCCAUCCAAACAAAGGAACCCAGAAGUAUGCAAGAGACACACAACAGAUUCUCCCAAAAGCCCCAAAGCCCUUCCCACUGGAUGCAUGGGACACAGAGAUGCUAGCCCUGCUCACAGAACGUCAAACUUGAACAGCGAAAGAGAGGUGUUACCCUGCAUCAAUCCCACAUUAACCUCCCCUGCUGAAAGAAGGCAAAAGCCAGCCGGAAUGCUCACCGAUCGGCAGGAUGGAUGCUCAGUCAUCUGCAGAACAAAAGAUUCAAAUGAAGUGGAUUUCUCCCUAAGAAACAACAUGAUUUCCUGUAAUGAUACAGACAGUGAUGGUUCACUUCCUGACCUGGAAGAGCCAGAUGUGAGUCUCGUGAGACCUUCCGACCCACAGAUAUCACAUUCUGCAGUGGAUGAAUCAGUGAGCAAAACCAAGCAGAGCCGAAGUGAGAAGAAAGCACGGAAGGCUAUGUCUAAGCUGGGGUUGAAACAGAUCCAUGGAGUUACACGCAUAACUAUCCGGAAGUCAAAGAAUAUCCUGUUUGUUAUCACUCGUCCAGAUGUCUUCAAAAGCCCCGCGUCAGAUAUCUACAUAGUCUUUGGAGAAGCUAAGAUUGAGGACUUGUCACAGCAGGUGCACAAAGCUGCAGCAGAGAAAUUCAAGGUUCCCCUCGAUCCUUCACCUCUGACCCCCGACAUCAUACCCAGCCUCACCAUAAAAGAGGAAAGUGAGGAAGAAGAGGAGGUGGAUGAGAGUGGGCUGGAACAGAGAGAUAUAGAGCUGGUGAUGGCUCAGGCUAACGUGGCCCGCGCUAAAGCUGUCCGUGCACUACGCCAUAACAAGAACGAUAUCGUCAAUGCUAUUAUGGAGCUGACUAUGUGAGAGAAGAGGUCUUGCCUGCCCCCUGCUUCUCUCCCUGGCAAACCCACCACCCUUUCCAGUAAUGCUGCUACGUUGUACCUUCCAUACCCCGUACCUGCUGAAUAAACUCUGUUCCAACCAGA